AUGCCGAACGAACACGCAGAGUUUGAUCCUAUCUUACGAGAUAUUGUCAAUUAUGUCUACCACAAGCCAAUCACAGAUGAGAAGGUUUAUCAAAGAGCCCGAGUAGCGUUACUGGACGCGCUGGGUUGCGCCAUUGAAACGCUCCAUCUCAGUCCCGACUGCAGACACCUCGUGGGACCGGUCGUGCCAGGGACGGUGGUCCCAGAGGGCGUUCGUAUCCCAGGCACCGCCUACGUUGUCGAUCCUCUGAAGGGUGCGUUCGACCUCGGUGCUAUGAUCAGAUAUCUCGACCACAAUGAUGCCUAUGCGGGUGCGGAAUGGGGUCAUCCCUCCGAUAAUCUCGGUGCGAUCCUCAGUGUGGCGGACUGGUUAUCUCAGCAGCAUGCCAAAGGACAUGCCAGACCAACCCUGCGCACUGUCCUCGAAGCGCAGAUCAAAGCCUAUGAGAUCCAGGGAGUUCUGCAACAGCGAAACGCUUUCAAUGAACAUGGGAUAGACCAUGUGAUCCUAGUCAAGGUAGCCUCGACUGCGGUAACCGCUUGGCUUCUGGGUCUGCCCGAGUCGGCAGCCCUGGCUGCUGUGUCCCAUGCAUGGAUCGAUGGCCAUCCGCUCCGGAUCUAUAGACAGGCACCCAACGCAGGACCCCGCAAGGGUUGGGCUGCUGGCGACGCUUGCAUGCGAGCCGUGCACCUGGCGUUCCUUACCAAAAAAGGCGGCCAUUUCGACCCCAGUACUUCGACUUGGACCGGGAGGGCCGCUCUGGGAGCACCCUCUGCUCUCACGGCGCCGAGAUGGGGCUUCAGUCACGCUCUAUACGGCGGAAAGGAUGUCAUCCAAGCUUUCCCCUAUGGCACUCGAGUGAUGGAAACCGUGCUAUUCAAGGUCAUCACGGCGGAGGGACAUGGAAUCUCCGCUGUCGAGGCGGCCGUCCAGGUUGCCACGAUGCUCCAAUGUCGCCAGCUAGUAGCCGAACGGGAUAUCCGUACUAUCAAGAUUCGAACCCAGAAACCCGCCGUGAUCAUUAUUGACAAGACCGGUCCGUUACGAAACAAUGCCGACCGUGAUCAUUGUCUGCAAUACAUGGUCGCAGUCACCUUGCUCAAGGGUUCAGUCAUCGACACUGCAGACUACCUGGAUGAUUCUCCGUGGGCUAAGGAUCCCCGAGUUGAAACCCUCCGGGGGAAGAUGACCGUCACCGAGGAUGCAAGAUUCACUGCCGACUACUACGACCCCGCAUAUCGGAGCGUUGCAAAUGCAGUCACAGUAGAGUUGAACAGCGGGGAAGUUCUUGACGAAGUUGUCGUUGAAUUCCCCGUUGGUCAUCAUCGGAGAGACGAAACCUUGCCACAGGUAGUAGAGAAAUUCCGCCGCAAUAUGGCCUUCAUGUUUACUCCCGCAGAGGUAGACCGGAUUAUUGCCGCUGUGAAUCACGAUGAGAUGCCCGUAGAAGAGUUUAUGGGGUUGUUCGUGCGGCAGAAGGCAACAUGCAGUUUAUAG